AUGGAAACCGAUAAAUUGGUGGGAGAAAACAGACUUCCUGGAGUAUGCGAGGAUAAAAAAAAUUCAGCAGUUCGCAUGCAGAGUGCACUUGUUUUCCCGGAAUCGGUGAUUUCAGAAAAUUCAUAUACGCCGGGCAUUCCGAAACCUACUUCGCCAUUGAAAAGCAAUUCUGCCAACGAAGUUACAAUAAAUAACGAUGAUGUUAACUCGGUUCAACUCACUAAUGAUUCCAAUAACCGAAUUUUAGAUUCUUUGAAUCACUCGUUAUCGGAAUCUUCUGAUGAUGAUGACGAUUCGUCAACUUCUAGUCGUUCCUCAAAUCAUCCUUCAGUGAUCAAAAUCACUAUGAAGGAGAUAUUAAAUUAUAAGUCGUCUGUCUCGAGCACUCCUCGUAUCAGUCAAAAGAGUCAAAAACAAGAGAUUGAGGGGGCACAAAAAGUACGCAAUGAGAACGCGGACGACAAUAGUACUAGUUGUAAUAUAUCAUCUAAUAUCAACCCAAAAAUUAAAAAUGGAAUUCAAAGAAGAGGAUCUCAACAAGUCAUUACUACUUCAUCAAAGAAUUUGGAUGCUGAUAACGGUUUACGAAGGGGAAACUGUAUGAAACCGGAUCCGCAACGAGCUCUGGGGCCUCAAUCGAAUUUGACAUUGACAUCAGUGCCCGCGAUUACCCCCGAAAAUUUCCCACAUUCAGUUCAAAGCACAAGGUUUCAAGGAAGUAUUCACUCAUCAUCUGAAAAGGAAAGGUUAUGGAAGGAGAGUAUAUCAGAAAAACAGAAGAAGCUCAAGAUGUUGGUGAAGACGGUAUGGCCUCAAAUUCGACUUCCCCCUGCAAAGCAUAUUGCAGCCACUCUGUCUCCUGCAGCGCUGGAGGGACGACCAAUGUUUUCUCCGUUAACAGUCGGGAUAGUCACCAUGAGAAAUAAGCAGCAAAUGGUUUCGUCGGUGACAGUGACAAAAACAAAACAUAGUGUCGACAGUGAUUAUCAUAGACCAGUUAUGAUAACAGAAGUAUGCGAUCCUCGGGAAUAUUUGAUUAAGCAUUGCCCUACCUAUCAAAAUCCUCCUUUGGACGAGGAUGGCAAAUGGACAGAUAGUUUUGUGUUAAACAAAGUACUGCCAGAAUUGGCCAGCGAGGUAAAUAUAGUACAACGGCAACCUGGGCUGUUACUGACGGUCAAAGAAAUAAGGAUGAGGGGGUUGGAAGAAUACAGGUUGUUCGAGUGUGUACGGUGUGCAAAUAAUGCAAUUGAAAAAACCUUCGGUUACGCAGAAGUCAUAAAACAUUUACUAAGGAAUCAUUAUCUUAAAGAAGUAAUAGAUGAAGAACACAUAAAAAUCAAUAUAAAAGAAUAUGUAUUUGCGUUUAGCAAAAAUCUUCCGCCUAGGAUUGUAAAUUUAUGCACGUGA